AUGUGGUAGCAAUUUGCAAGGUCUCUCAGAUUUUUCGCCCAACCUGCUUCUUCUAUCCAUCGUCUUCCUCUUUUUCUUCAUCUUCCAAACCAUUAUUAGGGUUUGAGUUUUCUCUCUCGGAGCCUCAAAUUAAUCCAUAAUUGAACCCAAUUUCGCAAUCUUUUCAUACUUUUCGGUUCAUAUAACUCACCAUAUCCGAAUUCAUCGACGGCUCCGUCUGUUCUCUGUCAUAUACCGAUGUUGGCCACUAGUGCAGUUGCAUCUUUGCCCAAAUUACCACCAGUGAGAAGAGGUGGAAACUGCAUUGAAGAGAAUGUCGGUCCUACAGCUAAAUUUUCAAGAGGAUUACAGACUGUUAAUAACUCGAUAUCAUUGAGUCGCACACAGUUUCCAUUUGAUAGAAGAACUCGUUCUACUCGGGCAGCAACUAUAAUAUGUGCUGCAGCUUUGGAUGCAAGAUGUGGUGCAGAGCAAACUCAGACGGUUACUCGAGAGGCUCCGACAAUUACUCAUCUUCCUGGUAAGGAGAAGUCCCCACAAAUCGAUGACGGAGGAUCUGGAUUUCCACCUCGUGAUGAUGAUGAUGGCGGGGGAGGAGGUGGAGGUGGAGGCAACUGGUCUGGUGGAUUUUUCUUUUUUGGGUUUCUUGCUUUUCUUGGCUUUUUAAAGGACAAAGAAGGUGAAGACGAAGGUUACGGCAACCGAAGAAGGCGGUGAUUAAUUGGCAGGCGCAAAUGUAUGCUUUGUUAGAAGAUUUUGAUGUUGUAAUCUUAAAUUUCCUUUAUCAAUAUAUACGUACGGUAGAAUAUGUUGAUCAACAGGGUAUUGUGCUAUAAGAUGAAGUAUCACACUGAACCUUUUUGUUUC